AUGCGUCUGCUUGUGAAGACGUGCAAUUUCGAAGAAGGCUUGUGCAAGGAAUGGGUGACCCUUAACUGCAGCAAAUACGCUUGCUUCAGGGUUCGCAAGGUCGCCAGUACGCAGCACGGACCCGUUAAAGACCAUACGCUUCAAACAGAGGAUGGCUCGUGCGCCUAUGCAACUGCCGGUGGCACAACGGGUGGACCCACUACAAUUUCCCGCGUGUUUACUGGACCUUUGUGCUUUACUGCCUGGUACCACCAGUCCGGUACUGUGCACCAUGCUGCGGAGUUCUCGGCCAAAGGAUCCGAUGGCGUGCGACGAAACUUCUACAUGACUCAGCAGGAGAUGUCAGGACGCUGGCAGCGGGUCAUAUAUUCCGAUAAGAGGAAGGGUCCAAUUGAGAUACGAGUCUACUACUUCGUCAGAGACUCGUAUGAGGAAUCUACUUUAGCACUUGACGACCUGACACUGGAGAGCGGCGAGUGCCCGCCAGAGCCUACGGCUGGUUCUUGCAAUUUCGAUUGGGAUGACAGAUGCGGCUAUGACCUCGGGAAAGGGGAAAACAGUUGGAAACUUUUGGGCAGCCAGCGAGAAAGCUUUUUCUUACCUGACUAUUCUACUGGCACUAUUAAAGGUGGCGUCGUCUACCUGGGUCUGAAAAAUAACUAUACAUCUGCCGUCUUGACUUCCCCAACGCUCACUGGACGAUCCGGGGUUCAAUGUCUUCAGUUCCAGUACUACCUCCCGUGGGCUGAGGCAGUUGCUCAACGAGCGUACACCCUCAAGGCUACGGUCACAGGCAAGUCAGUUGUGCGGACGCGCCUCUGGUACCAGCCUGCUCCAACCUUAGUACGGGGCAGAUGGACCGCUGUGAACGUUGCCUUUAGAGCAGAAAAGGAUUUCAAGAUCGAGUUGCAGUGCAUUCUACAGAGGGAGCAGUUUAUUGGAAGAACUUUCUGCGUGAUCGACGCAAUUGCUCUAAAGGACUGCAGCGGAAGGAAAGAUUUGAAAAACCAACUGUGCGACUUUGAAGAUGGCUGGUGCAGUUGGAAGAACAUCAACGAUCCAGGCAGCGGGAAACUCUUCUGGGUUCUUGGUGGGGGAAACAUUAAGACAACGCUACUGAGACCACGUCGGGACCAUACACUCGGCAACAGUUCAGGUUCUUACGCAUUCGUGAGUAACUAUGAGAGAAAAAGUGGAGACCACGCCGUGCUAAUCGGAGAAAGACUUCUUCAGAACAACGAGAUAUCCCAAUGUGUCGUCUUUUGGUACAUUAUCUCAGGCGACAACAGCACAAACCUGAAGGUUUCCUACUACAAGCAAGCGCCUCAAAGGCGUCUUCAUGUAUCCCUGUGGAGUCAACAAAGUGUUGGUCCUGCUACUUGGCAACAAGGCCGCAUUGCAGCGCCACACAACAUAACGAUUACAUUUGUAGGAACCAUGGGACCAGCAUCGACACCCGCAUAUAUUGCGCUCGAUGACAUCGUUAUCACCGCAACGGACCACUGCGACACAGUACCUAAAGGAGCCGAAACUUUAGCUGCUGCUGACCUCCUUACCUGCAGCUUCCUCAACAAACAACUGUGUCACUGGACAGCAAGCGGAGCCCCGUCAAGGACGUGGAAAUUUGGGCCACCUCUUAGAACAAACCUUGGACCACAAAUGGGACCAAAUCAAACUAACGGUGGCAUGAUACACGUGACAAGAGACACAGUGGCCAAAAACGUCGGAUUGAUGCGACUCUCGUCGCAACCCUGGUUGACAUUUGACACAUUAAUGCUACCAAAAGCGGCGAACGACUCUGUGGUGGCACUUGGGCCAAUAGAGGCUACCCCUGCUGCAUGCGAUGUCUUGACGGAUGGUGAAGGUUACUGCGAUUUUGAGUUCGACGAGUGUGACUGGAAAUCAGCCAAUGGAUGGAGACGGCAACAAAAGGCCAUCGUGUUCCAGGAUCCCUUGACAUUUGACACACAAAUGCUACCAAAAGCGGCGAACGACUCUGUGGUUGCACUUGGGCCAAUAGAGGCUACCCCUGGUGCAUGCGAUGUCUUCACGGAUGGUGAAGGUUACUGCGAUUUUGAGUUCGACGAGUGUGACUGGAAAUCAGCCGAUGGAUGGAGACGGCAACAAAAGGCCACCGUGUUCCAGGAUCCCGUGAGAGGCUCUCACUCAGGACCAGAUAGUUCUGCCUACGUCCUCAUGGCCACACGAGCGUCUUCGUCUCCAUCUGGCACCCUAGUAACGAGCCCAGAAUUUCCAGGCGACACUGAGCCUCAUUGUUUCGAAUUCUGGUACCAACAGACUGGAGGAAGCGGAGUGGAGCUACAGGUUGAAGUGUUGGCAAAUGGCAAGAGUGAAGUAGUGUGGAAGAAACCACUGAAGCCUCUGACAAAUGACUGGAUGCUUGGGCGUGUGCAGAUUACACAGCGAAAGACAUUCAAGGUCGCAGUUCGUGCCAAUUUCACCGAUGGGAAAGCGCAAUCAGUGAGCAUCGACAACGUUGUGCUGAGGCCUGAAGCCUGUACCCACCCUGCCGAGUGUUACUUCAUGAAUGACCUUUGCGGAUACGUCAACCACUAUGAAGGAGACUUUCGCUGGUAUGUCGGCCCGGGUCGGCUGGAAAAGCCCGAAAAUUUCCACGGUGACCCCUUGUUAACAGCGGGAGAGCCAUACGUCUACCUAGACUUCACUUCUGCGACGUCCGGGAAGUAUACAAACACGGCGACGCUAUUGAGCCCUAUUUUCAACGCCAACGAUAAUGAAACUGUGGUAACCAUCGAUUACGUCAGACACGGAUCAGAUGCCACUUCGGCAACCCUGUCAGUUUUCUGCUACGGGAGUGAUACUUCAGCCAGAGGUGAAUUGCAGCAGUCUCAUGAAUUUCCCCAAGUAGAUGAGUGGGCGACACUAGUAAUGACGCUCAGAGAGGGAAAGAACUGUCAACUUGCCGUACAAGUUACUCGUGGAGAUGGACCGGACGGAGUGUUUGGUAUCUGGAGGAUUGAUGUGGAGGGGUCCUUGCCAGACAACAAAACGAAGGAAGGUUUUGACACACCGACUCGAUGCACAUUCGAUAAUGGUACCAUGUGUGGUUGGGAUCCGAGUGGAGGCACGAUUACGUGGGCUCUGAACGAUCCCGCAAAGAAAGUUCCCUCGAAUCCACGCUUCGACCACACUCUCGCUGCUUAUAAAGGUCGUUUCAUAUACGUGUCAAGUGACAAAGAUAAGUGGCAUGGAACUGGAUCUCUUAAAAGCCCGGAUCUCGACGUCAAUGCCACCGAAGGAGCCUGCUUGAGCUUCUGGCACUUCACCGACCACGAGAAACGAGCCUCGGGCCGGAAACUUCGCCUCCUGGACUGGUCACAACAGCCGAAGACAUCGGCGUCCCAGAUCACACAAUCAAGACACUUCAAGGACAGUACCUGCUACGUGAACACGACGGCAGUAGACUCGCACCACCCAGUCUCCAGAGUGUUCAUGCCUGUUCGGCCACCAACAGAAGCUACGUGCGUCACAUUUUGGUGGCAAGGGCGUGGUGCAUCAAGCGAGCUAAACGUGUACAGUUUUACCAAAGAAACGGCAAUGAGAGAUCCGCUGGUUUCUGUCAGCACCUACGUGGCAGGGGACUGGUGGAACGUGCGGACAGUUACCGUAUCAUCCCGAAGCAAGUGGAACCUUGUCUUUGAAGUUGUUGCUGAUUCUGGAGUCGACCACGAUUCUGGCGUCAUGGUCGACGACGUCGAAUUCACCGACGAAGAGUGCGGACCUUACAAUUACUGCACUUUCGAACAAGAUUGUCUGCCUUUGCGCAUACUCGAUAGAGGCGAAGAAACGAAAUUCGAAGUUGAGAGAGCUGGAUCUUUUGACUUACUUGCUCAGGACCAUACGACGCAGAGUGAAGAUGGUUACUUCCUACUGUAUAAGAGUUCGGGGAAUGUCGGCAACCAUUCAAUCAUAAAGCUUCGCGAACCAUCCCGCUACAGUUGCAUCUCCUUCUGGUACUACCUACCUGUAUUGAGGAGAGGUGUGGGCCUCUAUUUGAACGGCGAAGAGAUGAAAGUGACAGAUAGAGCUUGGAAACGCCAGCAGCUGCAGUUCACGAAAAACUUGAUCAUUACUGCGCUAUCCGGGAGCAGUAACAAAGGUUUCGUAGCCAUCGAUGACCUUCUACUCAGCGAGACGCCAUGCGACGAAAUGGGUCGGUCGCCACGCAUGUUUGACUGCGGGAAGAACCAGACUGUGCCAGUGGAAAAAGUGUGCGACUUCGUGCCCGACUGCAAAAACGCCGCCGAUGAGCAACGCUGCGGCCGGUGUGACUUCUCCGAAAGUACAUGCGGCUGGGACAUAAGGGGCUUCGGUAAUCGGGGCUUUUUGGCCUGGCAUCAUGCCCCCAUUGGAAAAGUACCAAGGUCGCCACGAACAGGAUCCGACGCAAGGCGUAGUGGGAACUACUUGCUCUUGUACUCGAAUGUGACUGCUCAAACCUGGAUGCACGCCGGUAUUCAUUCCCCCAUAAUAAGAAACACUGACAAGUUGUGCACAAUUCAGUUCUGGUAUAACUACGUCGGAAACGGCUCUCUUGCAAACCAUGCGGAUGUCUCCCUGCUCCUGAAUGCUGGUGGCUACGUGAUGCCUGUGUGGUCCCUCCGCACGUUUGGCGUACCAAACCGUGCCGGUGUUUGGAACUGGGCUCUGGUGUCAAUCGGACGCUACAGGGCAGCUGUCAGUUUUUUCUUCGAAAGCUGGCGACAUGCGCAGGAGGAAGUCAUGUUUGCUGUCGACAAGAUAAGCUUUUAUGGAUGUGCACUACCAGCUAAGUCAAACAAUUGCACCAAAUCACAAUUCACUUGUUCCAAUGGGGCUUGUAUAGCCAAACGCGACAUCUGCAACUAUGUCGAUGAUUGUGGAGAUAACAGCGAUGAAUUGAAGUGUGAUGACUAUCGACUCCGCUGCAACUUCGACACUUCGUUUUGUGAUUGGACGCCAGACGCUCCUUCGAAUAAAACACACAAGACUUGGGUUUUGAAAAAAGGAACGGGGGCACUGGCAGUGUCACCGACGCGAGAUCACACGACAGGCACCCGUGACGGCAAAUUCCUUUUUCUGCCAUCUGACAUGAAGAAAACAACAGCUGGCAUCACGGGACCGACACUGGACGCUACCAAACAAUGUUGGAUAAGGUUCUUUUACUUGUUGCGCGGUGGGAGUAAGCCGCAAUUGACAUUGAAUGUGCGGUACACUAAGGACGGGCUGUGGAAACCUGUUUGGUCGGCAAGUGGACAGUCGCACAUGUCGCACUUUAUGGCUGCUAGCGUGCGCCUCCAUGAGACCGUUCCGUAUCAGGUUGCCUUCACCGGAGAGCAUCAAGUGCCGGGAUUCCAUAGCUACAUCGCCAUCGAUGAUGUGACAUUUUCGGAAAGCUGCAAAGCAUACGAUAAAGAGCUUCCGGCAGUACCAGCAACACCGCCUCCAUCUGCCUGUGGAGAUCGAGAAUUUCAAUGUGGCGCUACCACCCAGUGUAUUCCAGUGGUUGAAGUGUGCGACUUCAAGAGCGAUUGUUCCAAUGGAGCCGACGAAGAGCGAUGUGGGGCCUGUGAGUUUUCCAAGGACCUAUGUGGCAUGCUAAACCGAUACACGAGCGCGCGCUUUGGAUGGAACUGGACGACUGUCGCAGAUAGCAAGGGCCAGAAAUAUUUUCCUCGUCUUGGCUCCGAUUACAAGAAAGAUGGCUCAUUUGUUGCGUACUCUUUGCUCAACAGUGAUGCACCCCAGGGACGAGCAAAUCCACUGAUCACACCGCGGCUGGGAAACGUCGCUGCUUCCUGUGCUGUCUCAUUUUACGUCUAUCUUCCUGACCAACACAUUGCAAAAACUCAGAAUUCUAGUCACAGGUGCAGAUCCGCAGCUGGCAUUCGGUGUAUACCCACCGACGACUUCGACGCAAGGUAUGAUUCUUCGGCACCGGCUCGCGGUGGUUGCAGGGAAGCACAUGGGAGGAAAAUGGACACGCAGAGUAGUGAGCACAGGAAGUUGGAAUGCUGGGGCCAGGCGGAAAAUGCUCGCCCCGUCACGUGUGACUUCUCAAAGCCUCUUGACUGUGGAUGGUUUCCCGAGGCCUCGCCAAACAACCUUGACUGGGUGCUCUACUCCGGUGACUUAGGGAAGCUAGACCUCAAGUGGCAACCAGAAGACAGCGCACUGGACAAUGGUGCCUACAUGUAUGCCUACAACACGGAGUCAACUACAAAGGUUGCACGUCUUCUUUCUGUCUGGAUGAACUCAACUUCUGACGUAGGCCGAUGCUUUACUUUCUGGUACAACAUGUGGCAUCCGAAUAGUGGACAGCUGAACCUUCUGCAGCAUGUGGACAAUGUUUCGACAAGCCUUUUGUGGACACGAUCUGGACCGCAAGGCAAGGCCUGGCAGAAGGGACAGGUGCAAGUGCAAUCUGAGGACAAGCACAGAUUUAUUUUCGAAGCUGUCUUGCCAGCCUAUAUUCCCGGAGUUAUUGCAAUUGACCACUUCGUGCUUAAGGACGGCUAUUGUGAAAGUAGCAACGUGUGCACAUUCGAGUCUGGCAACUGUGGCUGGCAGCUUCACAAUUGGGAAGUCACGAAAGGUAGCAGUGCGAUGGUACCUCCGUCGGAUCACACCAACAAGGCGCCACACGGGAGCUUCGCUUUGGCCACGUCCUCCGGGGGCCGCUUGGUGAGUCCAGCUGGCUUCCACAAGGCCUCACAACACAAGUGCCUUCGAUUCUGGUUCUUCAUUGCUGGACUAACAGCAGAAGCCCUCAACGUCACUAACGUAAUCGACGACCAGCGAGAGGAGCAUCUCUGGUAUGCAAGCAAGUCGCACGCUCCGUCUGAUAAAUGGUACUCGGCUGCUGUAGACAUCACCAGCCUCCAAGAAGAUGCCACGCUUGUUUUCGAAGGAUCCACUUCUGGUGACCCUGGCACUGCCGUUGCCGUGGAUGACAUCAGCCUUGGCUACAAGGCCUGUCUUCCACCUGGCAGCUGUUCUUUCGAAGAGGACAUGUGCAACUGGCAAAAUGUCGAAGGUCGCAAGUAUGCGUCGUGGUACAGAAACCAAGGACCAACUUCCAAUUUACGCAAUGGCCUCAAGGGAGACCACACGCUCGGAACAGAUGAAGGAUAUUACUUACUUCUGGACCGUAGCGACCUUUCUGAAACCGGAACGGCUAUCCUCGAAAGUGAGACGUUAUCCAUUGGUCCUGUUGCCUGCGUCAAGCUCUACUACUACAUAAAGCAAAAUACGGAUACAAAAUUGAGUGUCGUAUUCGCUGACAUACUGGGGAAGCAGAUAGGAUUGGCCACCACUGUGUCCGCCACAGGUCCCAGCAAAUGGACUCAGCUGUCAGUAGAAGGAACCAACCUUCCCAGUGCCUAUAUCGCUCGAAUCACUGGCGAUUCGGGGUUCUUCUCCAGUGACCUUGCUAUAGACGACAUUGAAGUGAACGAAGGAAAGUGUGACAACAUCCCGGAUGUUACUGCAAAACCGAAACCAAAAACCAAUCCGCCAACUGCUUCAACACCACUGCCAAGCAAAGCAACAACAGUGCCACACGAAACUACUACCACAGAAAUGAAUCCACCAACAACUGUUUCGAUGUCACUGCCAAGCGAAUCUACAACGCUGCAACAUGACACUACAACCACAGAACAAUCAGUAAUUACAAGUGAGGCAGUCACUGUUACGCCACUGCCUACUAAAAGCGAAGUGCCCUCUACGCCAGAGGCCCUCCUGGAAUGCAAUCGUGGAGAGUUCUACUGCCGCGACGAUCUUACGUGCAUUCCGGGUGUCCUGGUCUGUGACAGUAUCCCUGACUGCCCUAACGGAUUGGACGAAAAAUGUGGAGUACAGAAGAAAUGUAGACCACAGGAGUUCCUGUGUACGAACCGGUCUUCUUCUGACUGUCUUCCACGCACGUUGCUUUGUGAUGGAAAGGAAGACUGCUUAGGAGGAUCUGAUGAAGUACUUUGCGAUGUGUGUCCCCACAAUCUAUGCCUCAAUAAUGGUGUCUGUGGCUUGGCGCCAAAGCAACGUUAUCCCGUCUGCGACUGUCCCGAUGGCUACGAAGGGCCCCGAUGUGAGUCUUUCAUACGAAGUACGUCAAAGGAACACCUACAGACGAGCACAGCACCAUCCAACACAGGCUCCAUUGUCACUGGUGUCCUCGUCUCGAUAGGAGUGGUUGCCAUAGCUGCAGUGGUCGCAGUUGUCGUAUUAAGAAGACGGCGUGAACCUCGUUCCAGAGAAACACUAAUAUCACUGGACGACCCAUCUUUUGAGACAUAUUCAUAUUGAAAAUGGGAAAUUGUGGUUUUACAUCAAGAACAUCCACGGAAUCAGAGGCUGGUCGUAGUGUUUGACUACCGCACAAUGAGACUCUGCUUUCAGUGUCUGUCACUACAGCAUGUACAUAUUAUAUUUUAAAAAUAAAUUAGGCUUGUUUCAAUUAAUAAACUGAAGCGAAUGAUUAUCGCAAAAA